GGAUGGAUGCUGCGGGAAGGGGCUGCCAUUUGCUGCCCCUGCCAGCGGCGCGCGGACCUGCCCGCGCUUCUGCAGUCGCCGCCGCCGCCAGCGCCGUCAGCCGGCCCGGCCUCUGCAGCGGCGCCGCCUCGGCUCCCUACGCGGCCGCCGGAGCGGUCGCCAUGAACCCCAGCUCCUCGGCGGGAGAGGAGAAGGGGGCGACGGGCGGCAGCAGCAGCAGCGGAAGCGGCGCCGGGAGCUGCUGCCUGGGCGCGGAGGGCGGCGCGGACCCGUGGGGCGCAGGGGCAGCGGCGGCAGCGGGAGCCGCUGCCCUGGAAGAGCCCGGGGCCGCCGGCCAGAAGGAGAAGGACGAGGCGCUGGAGGAGAAACUGAGGAACUUAACUUUCCGGAAGCAAGUCUCUUACAGGAAAGCAAUCUCCCGGGCGGGCCUCCAGCAUCUGGCUCCUGCACACCCGCUCAGCCUUCCCGUGGCAAAUGGUCCAGCGAAGGAGCCCAGAGCGACUCUGGACUGGAGUGAGAAUGCUGUGAAUGGAGAACACCUGUGGCUGGAGACCAAUGUCUCAGGAGACCUCUGCUACCUGGGAGAGGAGAACUGCCAAGUCAGAUUUGCAAAAUCCGCUCUCAGGAGGAAGUGUGCAGUCUGUAAAAUCGUGGUCCACACUGCCUGCAUUGAGCAGCUAGAAAAGAUUAAUUUCAGAUGUAAACCAACCUUUAGAGAAGGAGGCUCAAGAUCACCAAGAGAAAAUUUUGUGCGUCAUCACUGGGUGCACAGGCGCCGGCAGGAGGGGAAAUGUAAGCAGUGUGGUAAGGGUUUUCAGCAAAAGUUCUCCUUCCACAGUAAAGAGAUUGUGGCUAUCAGCUGUUCCUGGUGCAAGCAGGCGUUCCAUAAUAAGGUGACCUGCUUCAUGCUGCAUCACAUUGAAGAACCCUGCUCCUUGGGGGCUCACGCUGCUGUGAUUGUCCCACCCACCUGGAUCAUUAAGGUGAAGAAACCUCAGAACUCCCUGAAGGCUUCAAAUCGGAAGAAGAAGAGAACAAGCUUUAAAAGAAAAGUCAGUAAAAGAGGAACGGAACAGGAAAACAAAGGUCGUCCUUUUGUGAUAAAACCUAUCUCUUCUCCUCUCAUGAAACCCUUGCUUGUAUUUGUGAACCCUAAGAGUGGAGGUAACCAGGGAACCAAAGUCCUGCAGAUGUUCAUGUGGUACCUGAAUCCCCGGCAAGUCUUUGAUCUUUCUCAGGAAGGGCCAAAAGAUGCGCUUGAGUUAUAUAGAAAAGUACCAAAUCUGCGAAUUCUUGCCUGUGGUGGGGAUGGAACGGUGGGCUGGAUCCUUUCUAUCCUGGAUGAACUGCAGCUGAACCCUCAGCCUCCUGUGGGCGUCCUUCCUCUGGGGACUGGGAACGACCUGGCUCGAACUCUCAACUGGGGAGGGGGCUACACGGAUGAACCUGUUUCUAAGAUCCUAUGCCAAGUAGAAGAUGGGACAAUUGUACAGCUAGAUCGCUGGAACCUCCAUGUGGAAAGAAACCCAGAUUUGCCUCCAGAAGAACUUGAAGAUGGCGUAUGUAAGCUCCCUCUGAAUGUUUUCAAUAAUUACUUCAGCCUUGGAUUUGAUGCUCAUGUCACGCUGGAGUUCCAUGAAUCCAGAGAAGCAAAUCCAGAGAAAUUCAACAGUCGUUUUCGAAAUAAAAUGUUCUAUGCAGGGGCAGCUUUUUCUGAUUUCCUUCAGAGAAGUUCUAGAGAUCUAUCCAAACAUGUUAAAGUUGUUUGCGAUGGAACAGAUCUCACCCCAAAGAUUCAGGAACUGAAGUUCCAGUGUAUAGUAUUUUUAAAUAUACCUAGAUAUUGUGCUGGCACAAUGCCCUGGGGAAACCCAGGAGAUCACCACGAUUUUGAACCUCAGCGUCAUGACGAUGGUUAUAUUGAAGUUAUUGGAUUCACUAUGGCCUCUUUGGCUGCGCUCCAAGUUGGGGGUCAUGGAGAAAGGCUACACCAGUGUCGAGAAGUCAUGCUUCUGACUUACAAAUCCAUCCCUAUGCAAGUGGAUGGGGAGCCCUGUAGGUUGGCCCCAGCUAUGAUUCGCAUCUCCCUGAGGAAUCAGGCCAACAUGGUACAGAAGAGCAAGAGGAGAACGUCCAUGCCUUUACUCAACGAUCCCCAGUCUGUCCCAGAUCGCCUGAGGAUCCGGGUGAACAAAAUCAGUUUACAAGACUAUGAAGGAUUCCACUAUGACAAGGAGAAGCUCCGGGAGGCUUCCAUACCUCUGGGUAUUCUAGUUGUGCGUGGAGACUGUGAUUUGGAGACUUGCCGUAUGUACAUAGACCGCCUACAGGAGGACCUGCAGUCAGUUUCUUCUGGCUCCCAGAGAGUUCAUUACCAGGACCGUGAAACCUCCUUCCCCAGGGCUCUGUCAGCUCAGAGGCUCUCCCCUCGCUGGUGCUUCCUAGACGCAACUUCUGCUGAUCGCUUUUAUCGAAUAGACAGAUCUCAGGAACAUUUGCACUUCGUGAUGGAGAUUUCCCAAGAUGAGAUUUUUAUUCUGGACCCCGAUAUGGUGGUGUCACAGCCGGCAGGGACACCUCCAGGAAUGCCCGACCUGGUAGUGGAACAAGCCUCGGGGAUGUCGGACUGGUGGAAUCCGGCCCUGCGGACACGCAUGCUGAGUGACAGCGGGCUGGGGAUGGUCACGCCCUACUAUGAGGACUCAGACAUGAAGGACCUCAGCCACUCCCGCGUGCUACAGUCACCAGUGUCUUCAGAAGAUCAUGCAAUUUUGCAGGCAGUAAUAGCUGGUGAUCUUAUGAAGCUAAUAGAAAGCUAUAAAAAUGGAGGCAGUCUGCUCAUUCAGGGACCAGAUCACUGUUCACUCCUUCACUACGCAGCUAAAACCGGCAAUGGGGAGAUUGUGAAAUAUAUCCUUGACCACGGACCUUCCGAGUUAUUGGAUAUGGCAGACAGUGAAACGGGGGAGACCGCACUGCACAAGGCCGCCUGCCAGCGGAACCGGGCUGUGUGCCAACUGCUGGUGGAUGCGGGAGCAUCUCUGAGAAAGACGGACUCCAAGGGUAAGACACCUCAAGACAGAGCACAGCAAGCUGGGGACCCAGAAUUGGCUGCUUACCUAGAAAGCCGGCAGAACUAUAAGAUCAUUGGCCAUGAGGACCUGGAAACUGCUGUUUGACCCUGCUAGACAGACAGAGAGAAUGUGAGCAAGCGUAUCACCUAAGCCCUCCCGGCGAUCGGGCAGUUCCCCUGGAAGAGGCUGAUGGAAUCCAUAUACCUGUCUCUCUCCUGCAAGAAUCUAUCUGAGACCGUGCCACCAGUUUUUAAGGGCUACCAUGAUGUUCACCAGAACAUGAUAGCCCAUUGAGAAAGAGGCAGGAUACCUGGAGAUUUGUGGAAUACCGUAGGAGUUCCACAAAGUUCGAUCCUUAUUGCUUCCAGCAAGUAGCAUGAACUUCUGUGUUCACCUGUAUAAUUUAUUUUAAAGAUUUAAAGGAUGUUCGUAUUAAUGGCACUGCUCCCUCCUCCCCCAUGCAUUCAUUUUUCUCUUGUACCACACAAUUCUACUGUAACCCAUCAACUUAAACAAAUAUAUUAUUUCUUCUCUUUAUAUUCAGUCUCUGGAGACCAGAAGAUUAUCUGAAGGUCUUCUACAUCCCCCCCUGGAGGUCCUGCAGAAAUCUAACUGUAAAACCACUUCCAUUUCUAAGACGAAAUAUACCAAGACCAUGUAGUGACUCUUUGCAUGUCUCCACCCCCACCUUCCAUUUCAUUAUACAGGAGCUGGGAAGUGCCACACGGAUAACGUCAACUUGUGUGUUGUAUCUCUGAGGUGUGGUGAGGUGGCAGGGGAGUCGUCUGUGCGUGGAGGUACCUCAGAGAGGUCACCCAGGGGUCGGCCCGGGCUGCGGGGCUGUGGUCCACAGCCUGCAGGACUGGUUCAGCUUGGGCUGUCUGGACAGCUCCGUACUGCCUACGUGUGGCCAUCUUUGCCUUUUACUGCAAAAGAGAUGAGCACAGAGGCCCGCGGCUAGUUCGCAGAACCACUCCAUUUGAAGUGCUGUUUAAAUGGAAGAGCAGAAAAGCUUAGGUGGGAGUUGUGGUUACAGGAAACGGAGCACUCUCAUGUUUACUUUUAAACUUCUUUGAGUGAUAACAGAAAGCAGCCUAAUUGAGGUGAAAAAAAAUAGCAAGAGCAAAAGUAGCAACAUACGUCAACAUGUCACUUAAGCAAGAAGACAGUGGCUGGGAUGUUGCACAGAGGUUAUUAACUUUAGACUCUUGGACACAGUAGUGGGAGGGGUCGGAUUUUAAGUUUUUCUUCUCGAGGUUUGGUUUUCAUUACUCCGAGUGAGCUUUGACCCAAGGUCAGAGCCUUGUUGAAUAAGUUUGACUGCCAGAAUUCUGGGUUGUUUGGCUCUUUCUGAUGGAGGCUUCACCCAUUGCUUGUCAGGUCCCAAGGUCUUACUUGAUAAUCUUAUUUUACAUGUGUGCAGUAGUCUAAUAUAUUAUUUGCCCUACUUUAUUUUCCCCUAUCAAAAGUUCUUAGGGCAAACCACUGUGGGAAUCUAGCCAGAAAUGUCUGUCUACUCAUGGAAUUGCUACAUUUAUCUCUGCCCCAGACUAGAUGGUACUUACUGGUAACUACCUUAGGGACUCUGUGAUAACCAAACUAUCAGAAGAAAAAAGUUUUCUAAUUUUUUGUUCAAAUAUCUGUUUGACUUGAGUAUAAGCAAAAAAUAAAAGUGGGUGUCCAAGGGUUUUGAUUUUGGCUGAAUCUGAUGUCUCCCGAGCUUAUUUCCAUUUCCCUCUUGGACAUAGCAAAGUCACUUUCAACUGUUUCUGCAUGUGACCACAAAUGACUGUCUCUCCACACUUAAUUUGAAGGUUUAGUGGUGACAUUUUGCUUGUCUGAAUCGCAUUUUGGCCACAUAUCACCGUUUUGAAAGUACAGCUAUGGUAUACUUUGUUACACGGGAACCGUCUUUCAGUGGACAGGGGUUUUAUUUCCAAAGUCUCUCCACAGUUAUUUCAAAUAAAAUUGCUGGCAUUAUUUUUCAGCUGUGGGAGAAGGGCUUUGUUGUGGGCAAUCUAUUUCCAUGUAUCAGCCUCAGAAAUGGAACCAGCUUUUGGAUUUUACAGUGGGGCAAGUAGGGGCUACAGUAGAUUGUUUCCAGAAACUGGAAAAAUGAUGUUCCAGGAGAAUUGAAUUGCUGGGCUUCUGCUGGGAGGGUUUUUUUUUUUCCUUUCAGUUGAUGGGACUGUCGAGGCAAUGUCAUGAUGAUAGAAAUAUAAUUCUUAAAACAGACUGGAUUCUGGCUUCAAAUCAUACCUUCCAUUCCCUCAAUUGAGCCAAACAAUUAGCCAAGCAGCCAGUUACCCAGCUGCUACUGCUGGGGUGAAGGACUCUGUUUCCAUCAACCACCAUCUCACAUCUCUCUGUGAACACUUCCAAGCAGCCCAGAGAAAAUGUAGGGUAUAGGUGGCUAUGAGCCAAUUCAAAUACUCCAGUGGGAGACACGGAUAAAUCCCUGCUAUGAAAAAUGAUGAGGUACUGACUACUACAGGGGUCCUGGUGCAUUUGGAAGUUAUGCCAAAAUUUUUAAAAGUCAUUAGAGUCCUACUUUAUUGAUGAGGAGCCAUAUGUAAUAUAUCUUGGAAAAACCAAAGACCUCUAGAACUUUUAUGCUUUCAAAAAAAAAGAGCAGAACAAUCACAUAUUUAAUGGUUUCAAUAUUAAAUCACCUACUGUAGCAUUUUUUUUUUUUAACAGAAUACAGUAUGUGACAGUCCCUGGCUUUAGAAAGAACUAAGGUCAUAUGCUUCUCAGUUUAAGUAUUUUUUAUCCUUUUUAAGAGGCAAAUAUAGAAGUCAGAAGCAAAUGGUCUGGUCCUGGUCUGAAAACCCAUGUAACUUCAAUAGACAUAAACAUGUGUACCUAUAGAAAUGUCAUUUCUACAGAGCCUCCUGGGGCAGUGUCCAAGGGACAGCUGGUUUAGCUGGCUCCACAGGGUUCUCAGCCCCCCAUGUUGCCAGCGUUCUCCUCUGGGGUCCCCUUUAUAGAUUAGGCUGAUAGAUAAAGAAUGAGGAGUUCUUAAAAGAUAGCAUUCUAUAACUUUAAAGGUAGUCAUUUUUGCAACCUUCUAUUCCAGUGUUGCACAGUGAAUGAAAUAGGACAGUUCAUCUCUGCUUUAGCACAUGAGGACUUGAUAAAGAAGAGGAGUGAGAAUCAGUAAACGCAUGCGGAAAUAAACACCACCAGAAAUCUCGCUUUGAGAGUUCAUGUUUCCUCUAUAGAGGUGUGAUAUCCCCAAACCAGCACAAGUUGUGAAACAGAAUUGCCUGCAGAUGCCCAGCCAUGCCAUCAGUGAGGACACACACACACCCUGUGCUCCCUAUCCGCUUGGGCAGCUCAGUCUGCGCUAGGAGAUAAUCAUAGCUCAUCCUCUUUGGACCUAGCGACAGUCCCUUUGCCUAAAGGAUUUUGGAAAUGUAUUUACUAGAAUUCGCAUAAUAUUCACGUCUUGGAAAACGUAAUACAGCAGUUUCAUUUUAUUACAUGCCAAUUUUAUUAACAUCUAGAUUUUGUUUAUAAAAGUGGUGCGUACAUGAUGUCAACUGUUUUGAUACUACAGAUAAGUAUCACAUCAGAGUCCAGGCAUUCUGUGCUGCUGU